AUGGGUCUAUUCGGCCACAUGCGCAUCCACGAGAGCGGAAUUGACCACAAUUCCGAUAUAGCCGCGACAUCCAACAUAUCCACCAUGCCCAGACGCACCCUCGCUCCACCGUCACACGCGCCGACCACCACCACAACCACCACCACCACCACCACCAACACCACUGCUUCCUCUACAGCUGACACCGACACCGCCGACCUCUCAUGCCCACAUUGCCCACGCACCUUCACCUCACGCAUCGGCCUGGUGGGUCACUUGCGAAUCCAUCGCACAGAGACUGGCGAACCAGUGCCUGGAGCACCAACCCACACCCACUGCACUCGCGUCCACUGUCCACACUGCCCUCGCACCUUCACGCAUCGCAUGGGUCUAUUCGGCCACAUGCGCAUCCACGACGACCUACGGUAGACAACCGCCGGUCACACCACACAUUCCCUCACCCCCUACCUCCUAACACCAUCACCCCACCAGACAUCAACCCUCACACACCUCAUGCACUCAACUGCCGCCUCCCACGCAAGUGGGAAGUGUGCAUCUCGUCUCGGUCCCCAUGCGGUUUCGGCUGCACGGGUGACUUGUGUCCAAGACUAUCCCGACACGUCAAGUGUCGUGGAUAUGAAGGUUGCUGAUUGAGGCCCGCUCUCGGUUCACGCAGUUCGUCACGUUGUGUGUGUGUGUUGUGUGUAGUGGCGGACUGGUGGGCUGGGGACGGGCUGAAGCAGCACCUUCCACGGCCCUCUCACGCAAGUGGGAGACACGCCGUUCAACCCCCGUUGUGUGAAAUCCUGGUGUUUGCGUGUGUAUGGGGGCCAGGUCGUGCUGUGGCGCGCGCAGUCAUGGUCAGUCGACCAUGUCAGCCACCGCGCCCAUUCCCCACUCCAGUCUACUGACCGGCUCGGACAGUGGCUGGGGUGUGGGAAUGGGAAGGGAGAGUGAGGUCGACGACUCAGCGCAUUUUCCUCACUAUAAUCAAUCUGACGCGCUUGAAGCUAUCACGGUGCGCUAAAAGCCGUGGCUUGGAAGGUUGCCAACUGACGGGAUACCUUGGACCUCCUCCCCAACGGGAGGCGGUCUGAGAGUCAGACUGCAAUGGCUCCUUUUUAAUGUGGCCUUUAUGGCAUUCCCACCACAGUGUGGGAUCCGAGCCAGGCGUUGGCGGCACGCCCAGGUGCGGCUUCGGCCGUGCCAGCCUCCAAAUCUCUGUUGUGUUGGUUGAAAUCCUGGUUAUUGUUGUGUGGACCAGGGGGUGUGGUUGAACGCCAAGGUGAGGAUCCGUCCGAGCCAUCCACCUGCGGCCUCCCUCGUCUCCGGUCUUCUUGACUCUGUCUUGACACCGGGCCCAGGCGGGGGAGGUGGAGAGAGUGUAGGUAGAUGCAGCGCAAGUCUACCCGCACUAUAAACCCCUGCGCAAGUCACCGUCCCUGCUCCCACCGCUGCUGCAGCUGUGGGGCACACGGUGGACAUCGUCGAAAUCGACGGUCGAACUGUCAUGUGUGGAAUGCGCAGGCCGGCUGUUCUUAGAUCUGUCAGCCACUGCGCCCAUUCUUUGCAUCAGUUGACAAACCAGCUCGCACAGUUUAGGGGGGGAGGUCUGAGAGAGAGAGAGGAGAUGAAGUGAGAUUAAUGCCAUCAGUUAAUAUUCCUCAAUAUAAACAAUCUGAUGCACUUGGAUCUGGUACGGUGCGUUAGAGGCCGUGGCUUGGAAGACUGUCAGACGACGGGAUAACUCGGUCCUCCACUCGGACGGGGAGUAUCAGACUGCAAUGGUUCCGUCACAGCCCCCAUUAAUUUGAGACCCGAACCGCUCCUCUUCUUCUUUUUUAUGAAAACCCGGUUCAUCGUGCAUGGACCACCUGUGUAUGGCACGCGUGAACAGCCUCGUUUUGUCAACCGUCUGCACUGGAUCCCGCUUCCAAUCUUCCUGUCUCUGUUUUGACAUCAGGCUCUGGUGCAUGAAGGAGGAAAAAGUGGGGUAGAUACAAGUCAUAGUUCCUCUGCCAACCCUGCUUUAGGACACAAGGCGUGCAUCGCCAGAGACGACGGUCGAACCGUCAGGUUGACAGGGUCUUCCCACCUUUUACAUGUUCGAAGUUCAGUAAUACGUUUGCCGUCAAGGUGCACGGUGUACGUCCCAAUAUUACGAAUGUGGAUGCGUGAAAGAUGGUCAAAGGGGGCACACAACCUCCAAUAAGUGCGACGGUUUCGACGAACGGGUCAGUUUCAAAUGUUGUGCCCUCCUCUGCCUCCUGGGAAUCUGCCUGGAAAUCUUGCUUUUUACACAGAUCUCGCCUAACAAAAAAGGAAAGCUUUCCCUCUGCGCCAAUUAAAAUCUUCUGCGGAAAUGUUAUCAAAAACUAUGACCAGUAAGUGGCAACUUCGCAAACACAUCGUAGCUGUGGAGACAGUGAGAACAGUGCGUAAGGGGACCAUGCAUUUGACACACUGGCUGCAAGUUACAGGUGCCCAUAUUACGAGAAUCGGCAUAUAACUCUGCCGCGCUAUCAAUGAGAUCUUUUAGACCCUUCAAAGGCAUAUAUUAAGACGGCGAAUUGACGUCGGAACCAGAGGACAUGAGUAAAAAAGAAUUAACAUUCAAAUUCGCGCUUAAAAACAAAAAAACACACAGUGAUGACUGUGCGUAGAAAAAUGGUUGUAUACUUUCAGAAAUCCACGAAAGUUUGUACUAAAUACACACACUUUCCAAGUGAACAUCAAUUUGUAUCAUUUAUUGACUCAUUUCAAAUGCAACUUUCCCAUUCAUUGACACCGGCAAACAUUGCGUAGGUGCAAACCAAACUUGCCUAUUACAUUUGCGCCUUCUAGGGUUAUUGUAUUUAUCGUGAUGAUAAGAGUGCUUAUUUGUGUUAUUCAGCCAUAUAAAAAACUGACCAGUCGCAACGAAUGUCUUCUCUGCGGAAAACAACGAGGCCAGUUCUCUGGACGACAUACCGCUUGUCGCUGUUGCAGCAUGCUGGACUGUUCGGACUGCGAAAAGGACAACGUGUAAUUCAGCAUAACCUUUUGUCAUAUGCCAAGUGAUGGCUACAACUAAGAUCAAAAUCUCGAGCAAAAUCUUAAAAAACUACCAGAUGAUAACUAAACAGACAGUUAUAAAUAACCUAGGCUGGUGGUUACGAGGCGACCUUAUCUACUCCUACUGUGACCAUUUUUGUCAUUCAACACUUCUUAUUACCAAAAUCAUGCCUGCACGACUGAAAAUGUAAAGUUUGUGUUUAAAUAGAAAGGGUCUCUAAGAACUCAGAUUAGCAUAGGACAUAAUCACACGUUAAUUCACACACGGCAUAUUAUUGACUUUUAACUUGACAUGUUUUCGAACAUCUGCAUAAGCGAAACUCAAAGAAAAAUGGUCGCUCAUAUUGUGUCCAUAUUAGGAGCCUUGAUGGCCUUUGAUGUCCCUGUACAGCCCAUCCCAUAUCUUGGAGAGGAUGCGUAAAAAUCGCUUUGUUCAUGGUUUCUGGUUACAGAAUUGGGUAUGCUUAGUAAUUGUGACAGUUUCCCAGAUGAUACCAUUAGUUUUUGCGUAGACAUGUCACGUUUAUUAACUCCGCUCUUGAGAUAUAUAAUAGCCUUUUCAUAGACAAGGGUAUGGUUGAUGACCAGGGUUACUUACUCCGGAGAUCAGUUGAGUUGAGCGAAAGAGCUGAACAUCCAAGAACUUUGUGGUAUCCCAAAUUUUGAUCCUCCACGUUUUUACCAAUUAAAAAGGGACGUUAUUUUUCUCUAUUUAAUUAUAAUAGUAAAUUAAUUAAAUGCCCCUAUGAAAGCAUUGCCAGGAAAGUAUUACAUUGUCGGGCCUUUACUCAGAUGGGUACCUUAAAACAUAUUGACUAAACUCACGCAACAGUCACCAGGAGGUCUCUUUAUUUCUUUCUUUGGCACGUACCAAUAAAUAUCGCCAGUUAUGUUCUUUUAACACAAUUACUCUCCGGAGUAAGUAGUCACGGCCAUAUCCCUGUUAAUUCAUAUUUAUCGCAAUGCUCCAGGAGAAUCAGAGGACCUUUUUUUCGUCACUCAAGAAGAUAUAUGAUUUCCCUGCAGGGAAAAAGUUCUGUUUAAAAUAAUAUGGAAAUCUGAGAAGCCAGUCUCGGUAAACAUACGUUUUUGAUUAUUCAGAAUCAGGACAGCACAGCUAUAUAAAAGGCGGUAGAGUGGCAAACGUUUAAACAGAUAACAAACAGCAAGUAUGGAGAAGAGGGUUGAAGGCAUUCAGAGGUCAGGGGUUAUAGUCUAGAUCUGUUAGGGGCUUAGGAAGGGGGAGUGGAAAGUUGUAUGACAGGAGCCAAGUCUCUGAUUCGUCGCCGCAGCGCGACGCGACAGGAGGUGUGGGCACAAAUGCUGGGUUCACCUUUGGCCAGGAGAACCUUGGGGCCUGUACAAACGCUUUAUGCGAGCACAAGGUAGGGUUGGAUGACCUGUGAAUACAGCAUUCGACGUCGCAACUGUCGCUGACGCAGAAACUUUGAAUGUCGCUUCGGAACUUUGUAUAUCACUCGGAAUACUUGUUUGACGUCUAGACAGUGCAGCUUUCAAGAAGGUGAAUCACAGUUCCACAAGAUAUGGACUUUUCCAUACCUUGGUUUAGCUAGGCAGGAUGGUGCUCUUACAUCCGUUUGGGUAUACGCUUAGUCGUUCGACCAAUAUAACCUGCCCCUUAGGAGCAAGUAAAGACGUAGAUGCGCAUUCUUACCUGAAGGGCGAAAAAUGGAGUGUUUGUGAAAACUAGUUUUAUCUUAGCGGCCGGGUACGUGAGCAUGAUGGCAGAGUUUCAGCGACGAUGCAGAAUCCCGUUCGCCCGUUUGAAUAUGCUUGAAUAGGGGGGAUCUGUUCAUGUGAAGAUAAGCACAGGUUUCUACUUUAAAGAACUUCUUUUUCGUCAACGAUACCUGUCAUAACUUAUCUUAUUCGUGGCUAAAAUAUAUAUUUUUUAAACCUUCGUGUUUAGAAUAACAGACAACGAAGCCUCACGCUAAGUGAUGUUUUUAAUGUAGACGCAAACUGCUUAAACGAGUGCGGCCAACUGGGGGAACAGUUGUCGUUCAGGAUGCGAACGGGUGGACGAUAGUUAUUUGAAAUAGAAGCCACAAUUAAUUGCUCCCUGGUUGUCUCGUACGCUAACCACUUCGAGAGUAAAUACCACAUAAGUUUCAUUGUGAGACCUAAUUGCCAGCGCACAAUAAGCUCUAAUUGAAUGAAAUAAAUGAAGACGAGUAAAAGAAGCCAUCAAAAAGUGUGAAUAACUUCUGUCUCAAAAAACUUUUCUACAUUUACAGGUUGAACAGAUUUUAUCCAAAACAUUGGGGUACGCCCUAUUAUUGUCGCACACAUGGUGAAUACCGUGCCUAUCAGGACAACAUUCGGCAUAUGCGUUUGCACAUUACGCUUCUGUUUCUAGCUGGGAUUGUACCCUUUUCAAUUAUGUUGCUGGGGUCGCAGGUAAGAUUUCACAAAAUCUAAGUAAUUAAUCAAAUCAUGCCAAAUGUAUUCCCUUUUUGUACCUUCUUCCAACCCAGGAAGAACGGUAAUUUGAGUAUUUCCAGCUAAUGUUCCAUUUAUUAGUUGACCAACCGCCCUAGGCAGUAAUUUGCAUAUGGCUACUAUUGCUAAGUAUUGGAAGGUGCUUCCAAGUUUCACACAAACUUAUUAAUGGUAUGAAGGACUGUUGGCUUCGGUAAGUAAUUGGAAUAGCCGUUAGAAAAUCUUACUUGCUUGGAGAAUCACCAGAAUGAAAAUACUGUAGUAAUGGAAGGCAGAAAUAUAUCAAGUAUCAUUUUCGUCGCCAAGACGUUAUAGAUCACGGAGGCGUUCCGCUGAUUAGAAUUCAUCUCCGACAAUUUGAAUAAUAAUCCUCAGAUUUCGAAAGUUUAUCGUAAUGCAUUUCGGCCUCGGACUUUUUAACCUUUUUCACCCGUGCUUCUGAAAGUUCUAUUGGGAAAAAUUCUUCGGCCUGUACAGUGAUCGAAGUCACGGUAAAGCAGUGAAAGUUCGAAAACAGUUAAUUAAUGGCAGUCGGUGGAGAGGGUUGACGGCGUUUAGCCAUAUCAGAUAUUAGGGGUAGUUAUAGUCUAGUUCUGUCUAGGGCAUGGGAGGAAGGAGCACGGGAGAAGGGGAAGUCUAGUAGUGGUUAGCGCUUAUGUUUCGUCGCUGUAGUGCGAUGUGGCACUCUGCGGGUACGAACGUACAGUGAGGGACCUAUCUCAUGAAAUGCUGGCCGAAAUUCCGAAAUGCGUUUUCAAUUAGGAAGGAUUACUUCGUCGCGGUUGUAAUACUGACUAUCUUGCGGCAUACUCUUAUAAAAUUUCGGAUUCGGCAGGAUGUCGGCUUUUAAAUGCAUUUCUUUUCAAUCUUCUAUAGAAAGCGUACUCGGUAAAAAAUGACUACUUAGGUAGCAUGCAUUUUUCCCAUUGAUUUUCGAUGGUCUUGCAAAUUCUAAUAUAUUUUGUAGAAACCAUAAAUAAAAAUAUGCUUUCUUUUAGUCAAUCAAAAGAGAAUCACGACUUCUUUAUAUUUUAUACUUAAGAAAGGCGUAUAAUUAGGUUUUAAAAAAGUUUCCAAUUAUGAGAUUUUUUAAGACCGCGAAAUGUCAAUUCACAUUGCAUCGUACCUGGCCGGUUACCACUGCUCCUCAUGAAAUAAACAACAUGGUCCGCAUCCAUUGCAAAAUUCUAUGGACUCUGUAUGAUAUCUCUUUAAUGGCAUAGAAAAAUAUGUGAUUUUCUUUAUGCGGAACGCAUGCACCUCGCAGACUGAAAUUACUAAGCUCUAAUGCAACGAAUGAUCAGACUCCAAAUUAUUCGGCGAUUGGAAAACUUUUUUAAAACCUAAUUAUACGUCCUUCUUAAGUAUAAAAUAUAAAGAAGUCGUGAUUCUCUUUUGAUUGACUAAAAGAAAGCAUAUUUUUAUUUAUGGUUUCUAUAAAAUAUAUUAGAAUUCGCAAGACCAUCGAAAAUCAAUGGGAAAAAUGCAUGCUACCUAAGUAGUCAUUUUCUACCGAGUACGCUUUCUAUAGGAGAUUGAAAAGAAGUGCAGUUAAAAGCCGACAUCCUACCGAAUCCGAAAUGUUAUAAGAGUAUGCCGCAAGAUAGUCAGUAUUACAACCGCGACGAAGUAAUCCUUCCUACUUGAAAACGCAUUUCAGAAUUUCAGCCAACAUUUCAUGAGAUAGGUCACUCACUGUAUAUGGCUCAGUUUCGACCAGAGCAGCUUGAGGGCUUGUACGGUUGGACUGGCCUACCAUAUGAUAACUAUCUCUGCCAUCAAAGAUAUCGGCUGACGUAGGAACUUGGGGUCCCUCGCCGGGGAUCUAUAGAUGACUUGAGAUGCUUGGCUGACACCUAUCCGGUGGCCGCCCUCAACCAAGUGAGCCACGAUGGGGGUUGGAGGUGGACUUUUUCAUGUCCUGAUUUAGCCACGCAGGAUGGUGCUCUCACAUCCGUUUGGAUAGACGCCUAGUAGUUCGACCAAUAUAACUAUCCUCACAGGACCAGGUGAUGGCGUAGAUGCACAUCAAGACGAAGAGGCGGCGUGCUUGAAAAAAUUAAUCUUAUCUUGGCGCCUGGAUAGGGCUUUCGAGCGUUUUGGCGACGUUGCCGAAGUUCGCUUGCCGGCAGCCCUCAAAAUGGGAAGGUCAGAGAUAGCUUCUUCUAAAAGAAGAAGGCUCGUCGGAAAAUCGAGAUAUACUCGUGAAUUUUCAAGUCGGUUACACCAACCCGUCAUCAGACGAAAUUAAACAAAUGUCCUUCACUGCAUUCCAUGUGCAAACUGCUCCAGCGUUUAUGUUGGACAUACCGGCUGACGACUUGGGACCCGCAUUAACGAACAUAAGUUGGCCAUCCGCCGACGGGAUCCCUUGUCUCUCGUGUUUGCGCACGCCCUUGAGUGGGAUCCCCGCUUCAACUCGGAGAGGACUGAAGUCAUCGCUAGUGCCAACACCAAACAGGCUCGAGAGUUUCUAGAAGCCUGGCACCCUAAUAACAAGAGCAUCAACCGCCAUGUCGACUUGGACGCUCACCACGAAGGUUUAGGUUCAUGGUUCGCCGGCUUGCGCCCACCCUAAGACGCCAAUUGCUAAUCCGUGUUCGGUCAUGUAGAAUAUCCCGGAUUCAGCACCUCCCCCACAGAGUGAACCAUGUGUGAAACCCUCAACACCUCCUCUAACGUCCGUCACCUAUCCAAGCACGUUCUUCACCCCCACACAGAGACGUCUGUUUUGCUGAUGUAACCUCGAGGCUCCCCGAGCUCCCUAGUGCGAUUAUCUCCCUCACACUUUUCAUUUCGACGGGUUGGUGUAACCGACUUGAAAAUUCACGAGUAUACCUCGAUUUUCCGACGAGCCUUCACCUUUUAUUAUAUCAUCUCAAAAUGCAUACUACCUCGCUAAUUCAUAGCUUCUUCUUUUCAGCCGUUAACACCUCAGUUUUUGACUGGUAUUCUAUCGGGAAUCCAGUGAUGAACUUCCUGGAAAACCAUUUUUUCGAAGAAUGUGUUGUAUAAAAGCGAAUUCGUUCUCCAGCGUGCCCAGAGUGCGCAUUAUCCUAGCUCAGUUAGUUAGGCGUCGAAUUAAACUUCGUUUCACUCCUAAAGGGAAAAAACCGCAGAAAUUUGUCUAUUGUUCUGCUCAUGUUUUCUUGCGAAAUACACUUCUACGAACUAUUCAGAUGGAUAUUGUCACAGAAACACCAAAAACUUUAAUUUGGACUCGGCAGUAUCCACGGUAGAGAACCGAAACGAAAGCAUAGGUGACAUGGGACAACAGGGAUAGUUUACUGGGUAACGAAAAAGUGAAACGCAUGAAUUUUGCUUGCCUUGAGGCUUAUUUAAGAGACGUUUUCUACAUGCAGUGCACAUAACAAUCGGUUUAGGAAGUGGUGACCUAGAGAUGCGCAUACUUAUACGCAUUUUAUUCGUGCUUUAGAUUAGGAUUUACAUCACUGGCGCAUUGCUUGUAGGAGGCAAAUUGAUUCAGUCUGGGUAUAGGGAGUUGGAAGCUGUUUUUUAAAAAAUGUGCAGGAAAACACAGUUUUCGUAAAUAUAUCUUUGCUCGAAAUGAAAACAGCAAAUGGCUUGAAGACUGCAGUAAGAACUUUAAUUUGAGUCGGGGUCUUAUACUUUUUUCAGGAAGUUAUCUUAUGUAUUAAGGUUACUUACUAUUCUAAUGCCAUCUCCGCUCGUUCCAGGCAGGUUGAGGUGUAACAACUUUCAACUAAAGGUUUAAAGUCAGGUUUCACUGACACUACAUCUUCGAAUGCAAAAGUGUGAUCUCUACCUUCUCGGACUGUCACACUUAUUCUCUGCUGUUCCUACUGCUAAGAUUCAAAUCACACUUCAAAUAAACUGCUUGGUGAACAUCCCCAUACAUUAAAACAUGCGCAUUUUUUCUUUUGGCCAGAGUCUGUCUCUUCUGUCCCCAUAUUGCUAAUCGGAGGUAUUAUCAAAUCAAAGCUACAUGGCAGUUUCUGCUCCAGUUACUUGCGUUAUGCGUGGCGCGAAGUGAAAUUUUAAUUCCGAUACAUGUACAGUAAUACGCAUAAAAAUUUAUACCUUUUGUUCGCACGCAUAAAGGGAUUUCACGCAGCACACGGAGUUCAUAUUCACAUACAAAUAAAAGCAGUUUUCAAAUGAAUGAGAUGGUCACUAAGUGUGCGUCUGAUAACUUUUCGCAUGUAACCCCUUAGGUCGGCUUGUUGCAAGCAUACUCUUUUGCCGGCCGUAGUGGCCUGACUUCCGAACUCGAUAUGAGAAAUAAUUAGAACAGUCGAUCCAAAAAACCGGAAUUCAUACCCAAUGAAAUGUUUGCGCGCCCUUACUGCUGCUACAGUCGUUGUUUUUUACCCCUCUCCUCCCUUCUAGACAGUCGCCGAUAUCCUCCAGAAAACGUACAUUAUUUUCUGCGGGGCGACACCAGGUUGUAUCAUACUGACUCUUUUCUGGUCACGGCUUACCAGAAGUGGAAUCAUCUUUGGCUACUUUUGCAGCUCCAUUGUGGCUGCAGCAAUCUGGUUGUUCCAUUGCAUGACGGAAGAGGACGAUCCAGAUGAAAUUUUGGGUAACCUACACGUACUGACGAUAAGCUUGAAUAUUAAUUAAUAAUCGGCAAUGUCCUUCGAUCAUCGAUCGUUGGUCGCCAUUUGAUUGUCCAUGCAGCCUCUAAGCCUAGUGCUCCUGAACAGAAUGUUGGCACACUUUCCAUCCUACAAUCAGGUUGGAUCGGCGAACGUUUCAAAAGUGCGAUGAGCCGACAACGCAAGGUUCGCAAAUCACAAGUCAGGCGUGAUAUAGUUAUUGGACAAACGUUACUGAGGCGAAAUACAGUAUAGGCAGCUUAACAAGCAGUUACCGCCAGCCGUCUCCUCAGGAUUGUGUUUUAGUGUUCACCAGUGAGAUUCGUAGUCUCUAGCGUGUGUGUGCUCUUGUUCUGCCCACCCACACCCAAUCAAGGAAGGCGCAGCGUUGAUUGGCCUUUGCCGAGUAAAGUAUUGUAUAUUUAGGGAAACAGGCAAUGUCCUCGAUGACCCGCAGACAGUUUGGUACUAAAUAGACAUGCUACUAAGAUGUUGUCAGUAACAUACAAAUGCUUUGACUACGGAACCGCAACCCUAAUACAAGCAGCUUUUUUGUGAGUCACAGGCUGAGCGGAAGAUGGUCCUUCUCAUGUACGGUCGAGAUUAUAAACGAAAUUUUAUGCAAUCAACACUACAAGUUGGAACUUGUCCGGACACGUAGUUGGUUGUGCGUGUCCACUUCUUCCAGCGGAACCCUUUUAUGGUGUACUGGAGUUUCAAGAAGCGCCUCCAACCAGAUUCCAGACAGAAGACUACACAUUUGAAUACAGUAAACACUAGAAGCCACGCGAUAGACCAUGCAGCCAACUUAUCAACAUCCUCUAGUAGUUGUUGAGCGUUUGAAUUUGUUUCAGCAUCGACUUCGCAGUGAGUGUGAAGCGGACAGAAAUCCGUGAGUAAACGGUCACGCUGUUGACCACAGGGGCGGACUGUCAUAAACGCAACUGCCACGUGACAUUACACACCAACAGGCACAGUCGACAGAACGCGAGUUUUGUAAUCUCAAUGGUAGGAGCGCUUGACUGCUGUCAAAAUCCAGAUGCAGUAGCACUGGCUGACGACGACUGACAAGUCAAAAGUGGUCAUUUGAAUGCUCCUACUUUUCUCGGCCUUGCUUAUGCGUUUUUGGUUGUUAGUUGCUAUGUCAUCGCGUAGGAUGUUUUGGAGUGUAACCCUAGCGAUAAAUAACCGACAGUAUUCUUUGCGUUUUCAAGGGGAAGAGACUACUAAGAGAGGGUCGUAUAAUUAACUAGAGGGCAAAAAAUCCAAUCUCAGUCCCUGCAUGACUACGCUCUGACUUCGAAUGAACGCCUUCACGGUCACCUGCGUACAUUUUCCUCAGAAGUCUUAUCUAUUUAAUCACUGCACACCUUUCAAUUGCAGUUGGGCGUCUGCAUAAACAAAAUCGGAUUUUACGGAAAUAAUGCAAAAAUUCGCCUCCGAUGUAAAUUUUAUGGAGAAUUAGUUCCCUUCAAAUCUUGGUACAUGAGCGAACGAGUAGUUUGGUUUUUUAAACGCGUUUUCAAUUGUUAUUACGGGCUGCAGGCUAAUUGCUGGGUGCCUUCUCGGAAGCCGAUUCAAGUAGUUGCACAAUUGACCUUCUGCUGUUCAUAUACUAAUCUAAUAGAUAUUGAUAGAGUUGCACUUCUGAUGAGCGGCCUUGAUAAAAUUAAUGAUAGCGACUCAGAGGACAAAACGGAUGUACAGCGCAUUCAAAAUCCCAAAAUUAUAAACGUUGCAAAUCAAAGUGCUUUCUCACUUGGCCGAAUCGGUUUGAGAAAGACUUGGGUUCCUAUAAAGUGGUCUGUCAAGGAAUAGAGAAGCUGAUAUUAACCAAAUAACAACCGAAGUCCUGGGCUCGUUAUUUCCACAACACCUCCACCUUUGCCGGUAAAACUCAAACUGAGCACCUUAAAAAAUCGUCCAACUCCAUUGGCCCGAAUAUCCAGUUCAGUAUGGAAGCCAAACCAAACAAUCAACUCCUAUUCUUCAACGUUCCACGGACACAAGGCAGAUGUUACGCUUCGAAGGCAAUUUGUGUCUGUAUCAUAAAGGAAGCACUCCAUUCCAAAGAGUUUAAAAACAUUGCAGCACACCAACAGAUAAAAUGUUAAAGGACGAGACGUUCAGGACCUCUCCAGAGUCAAAAUAUACUCAAACCAUUUUAUCAAGUAAAGGCGACGCGGAGCGAACUAACGGCGGCCAAAGGGGCAACAACCCGUAGUCCGGGGAGCCAGUCCCCACAUUAAGGAAAAUGUCGAGGCCGUUUCGUGACGGUUACACUCCACCAGGGUAGGCAUAAUCCGUCUAUUUCAGGCAGUAAUACGUCGCCGUUUGAUGCAACCUAAGGAUACGCUGCCACUCACAGAAGUCCCACAGUUGUCUACAAAUUAGUUUGCAAUGAUAGGGAUUACAACCACUCUGGGGAAAUUAGACGAAAAUUGCAGGCCCGCCUACCCGUCGACGCCCUUAUUCUUAUGGCCACUUGCAAGUUGAUUUCCAAAUAGACCGGUAAAUCUAACCACAUGAGACAUCUCGUCUGGCGGCAGUUUACUUUCCCGAUGACUGGACACGACUUAUGUUUUAUCACCACUACCACAGCCAAGCAGGACACUCUGCAGGUAUGAUAAUUCGGCCUUCGUAAUCGGCGACUCCCACCGCUGUCCCAGUUGGGCGGGCUAAGCAGCGGUGACUUGUACGUGAAAUUGUUUGCAAUGGAACAAGAAUUGUGAUGACUCACCCCUCGCUUCCCCUACACUCACUGAAUGCCGAUGACAAGGCAGAGCCAGGAUGGCUGAAGUCGGGCGCAUUUGCAGUGGCCGACGAAGCUAAGCAGUCUGCCUGCCCGAGCCACUCACGCCCUAGUCCUGUUUCAUCUGUACCAGUCCGCAAUGAAGACGACUCAGAUCUCACAUAGGUGGGAUUAUCAUGUAGACCAGGUUAACAUGAAAUUAUUGCAGCUUGACCCUCAGUUCUGGAAUGGACCAAGUUGUCACACUAGUUGGGAACCUGUCUAGCUACGAUACAUGGCGCGUCGUAACUGACUCAGGUGCGUCAGAUGUACUAUACUGACAAAUGCGCUGGUUUGUUGCGCUAGUAUUGACUUCACUGUCAAAUCCCUCUUCCAUCAAGCUAAUCGCAAAUGAAAUUGGGUGCAGUGACUGACAGGACGUGAAGCCUCUGUCUUUCGUAUGUCAUACAGGGGCUGUUUGUAUGAACGAUAUUCCUCUUUGGGUAGUCGUGUGAUCGGGCCGACCCGUGUGCAGUCUGUAUGUCGGCGUGUACAGGUCUUUUGGGGUUCCAAGGGGAGGGGAUUGGAUAAAAUGUGGUUAUGUAGCCCCACCUGAUGGAUACAAUACUGUUGGGUCUGGAGUUAGGGCUAGGGGUUAUGGUUAGGGUUAAGCUUAGGGGUAAGGCAACUAUUUCCCAACCAUUCAAAAUCCAAUCGCGCAUCCCUAAUAAUUUUUCUGUUGCAUACAACUACUUGACCUCGUCGCCUGUGCGUUCCCCCGCCCCACCUGUAAAAACAUCUAUCACCAACGGUCCCUUAUUACAAGUGGCUGGGGUUUGUUUACUUCAGGUGGGGCAACAUAAUCCCAUCUAACCGGGGAUUGCGUUGUUUUACUCGAGAUUUUCGUGAAUGCGCAUAUGACCGAAUAAGCCCAUGAGGUGGCUACAUGUGUGGGCAAAGUGUGGUCACGGAAGGAUAGUGUGAAGAUUGUAGGUAAAAGCCCCAUGCACUGGUUUUCCUGUCAUGCUACGAUGGAUUCGCAUGUAGUUGACCAGACUAUUGCGUAAUUUGAAUACGCGCUCGUGACGUAUACAGAAUGGAUUUCUGCCUAUGUUGCUGCAGCUAGUGGUGGUUCUGGUAGAGGCAGUAAUGGCGGCGGCGAUGGUGGUGACUGUGGUUAUGACAGGAACGAGAACGAUUGUUACUUGUGGCUAAGCAUUGUAACGUUUAGAGUUGAGAAGGCGAAGUCCGUGACAAUGAGAAUCGUGACGGCGUAUAGGGUUGUGGCAGUAGAGUUUAGUGAUUUGUCAUUACGGUGGGUGGAGCUGAAGGCAUCGGACAUGUAAACAGGGACACGGACGAGAUGCAUGAGGCCUGGACAGAGGCUAAGUGACUAUGGCCAUUGCUGAAAAGCUCUAUUAGCAGCGAAGCCCAAUUCCUUUCCCACUUUACCGACAAGGGAUUGGAAGCAGGCUACUUCCACGACAAAAAAUACUCUCCAUGUAUUGCAGACCACACAGACAGCCUCUGAGGAUGACGAAACAUCGGCAUAGACAGCAUCUUUCAACUACUUAAAUGGGGGAUUAAAUUUCUGUUCGACACUGGGGACCCGUCUGCUUUCGACAACACAGGAAAUUAAAUCUGUGGUUCCAGUGAUUGUCUUUUCUUCUUUAUGCCAGGGGUGCGUAAUUUUUGACCCAUUUGAAAGUAUAUGGGAGUUAUUGUCAGAAAUAAGCGUAGAUUCGGACAGUACUUUAGUCAGCGAAUACUAAUCCCGACCACCAUUUAAGACCAACACAUUGGUAGAUAGUUUGGCAUUAUGCGAAUGGCCCAUAGGCAGUGUUUUUCAGAUACGCCAUAAGCAUGUCAUCAGGUCGAGGUUUAUCGUUACCUCGCCAGACGUUUUUGUGUUACUGCCGAUCGCGUCUGUAAUAAUAGGUGCUCACUGAACCAGUGACUUCCCCAAGCACGCUAGAUCUCGGUAAGGGGCAGGAGUCAAUAACGGGUAAUUACCUACCUGACUGAACUUGGUCAGGUUAUAGUAAACCCACGCAUUUGUAUAUAUUUCACUUUAGUAAGUGCAUAAUUCCUAAAUAACUGAUAGAAGGUUCAGUGAGGAUAUGACUUUUUUCCAUUCUAUUUUCUUUAUUUUUCCGGUGUUCAUUUACUGCUUACUUCAAUUAUAGACCCAGUUCUUCUUCAAUGUACGGCUUGCACUUUUAUCGGCGGUUUCGUCUUUCCCACUGUUUGGUGUCUUUUUCGUGCACCUCGUAUUCAUGAAGAGGACGAACAGGCGCUGUGGACAUCGGUACAAAAUAUAGACAAUCCACUUACUCCCUGGCCCGAGGUCUACUGCCAGUAUGUCAGGUUCACUCUCUGUGUAAUAUACUUCAUACUGAAGAGAGAGCGAAUAGGGAGACAGUAUUAUUGGAAGGAACUGGCUACGUUUAGCUUAAACUGCAUUUGAUAAAUCUUGUGUAAUAUCAAUGACUGGUACAGUCUAGCAAACGCAAAUUUUGCUUGAUCCAUGACCUUUGAAUCUGUGCGAGAGAAGUAGUUAGGAUCUUCAAACAAAUGAUGUAAUCGGGGUUGUGGUACUGACAAGUUGUAUGCGGUAAACAUCUUUCUGUAUUUGCCAGCCAGACAAUCUUAGUCUUUAUAUUUAGAUCCCUAAGCAUCAGUCCCCUGGAGGCGCUACGUGCUUCGUGUGCUCUUUUUCCAACGUAGUUAUUGCGUUUGUAAGACAUGAAGUUGGCACUUAUUAUCUGUUGUAGGAUGCAGACCGCAGCGGAUGUUCUAAAUGCUCAUAAAUGCAGCAUAUCCAAGACGCGAUGCCGAAGGAUUAAGCGCAUGUUACGCCAAAUUUGAAUUGAAAUUUGUUAGGCAAAUCGGGUAAUUUGUGAUACUGAUGUAUGUCUAUAUCAAGUAUGAUUACUUUGGCAAAACUGUGAUAUAUUAGCGCUUUGCCACUGGCGGAGUGGGAGAGGCAAAACGUUUUUACUUAGAAGUAAUCAAGGUUUUCAUUCAAAAAUAUGUGUUUAAGAUAGGCAGAAAAUACGUCGCAUUUAGCAGUUGAAUUGAGCCACUGAUGCGAGUAAUCAUUUUCUUUGAAAGGGUACUGUUGUAGUCAAUCAGUUACGAAGUGGCUACAGCGAAUAAGCAAACAGAUGACGCAUAUUUAAGGCAAGAUCGAAUCUAGAAAGGUUGGCAAAUUGAGUGCAAAGGGAAAAAUUUUAAAAGUCAGCCUGCCGAAAGAAGAAAAGCAGAGUGAAGUGCAACAGUCUUCCAGGUGACGCAUGAUACUUCUGACUGAAAUUUUCCAAGAAAGGCUGUCACAAGCGAGAUACUCAUCCUUUGAUCUAGCAGGAUAUUUUAAACAGAAAUUUUUAAAUAUGAAAUACUUUACGCUGUUUAAAACGAUCUAUUUGCGCUACGUCAUUGCUUGGGAAUGAUCCACUAAAAUUAGCUCAUAUUUUCAUCAAAACAGUGAGUUAGAUAUGCGUUUCUCACCGCGUCUGAGCGAGGGGAAGCCAACACUCAGGGAGGUGAGGCGAUCACUGAAACUCACCAGAAGAGUGACGAUGCUGGCGUUUCUGGGAGGCAUGGUCUGGUUUCUUAUCUUCUGGCCUGUCGUUGCCUUCUGCUCACCAAAAUUAACCUUCGAGAAAUUCGAUAUUUUGGUAAGUUCCUAUUUACGCACCCCACAGAUACGUUUGAAUCUAACGACUAGUUGAUCUUUCUUUUAGUAAAUUGAGGCCUAAACCAUCAGCAUCACAAGAGCUGUCAAUCGUAGCGAAGUCUUCGGCUAUACCUGUCGACCCACAGUGGUCAACGCGCCACAGUCUACCAAUUAUAACUAUGAAUAGGCUAUAAUUUCCUAAGCAGUUUUAAAAUUUCUGAAAAAAAGCAUAUAUAUAUGUAGUGGUAAGGGGCGCUCACCGAUCGUUCAUACGGAACUCACUCGUUCAGUUGUGCCUUAUGGACUCUCUCUCGAACCCAACCAGUAGCCGCACAGCGGCGCAUGAUAUAUAGGCAGAAUAGCAUUAUCGACAAAGACAAGGGAGAUUGGAAUGGCCAUUUCUGGCUUGUUAGCCGUCGUCAGCCAGCCAUACCCAAGCCCGAAGUGUGGAACACCCGAGCCUCGAACUCGCGACCUGUUGGUUUAGAAGUCCACGCCUCUACCCACCGGGCCACGAGCCCGUUGCCCUGUCGGUUUUCGAUCGGGAAUAUACAGUGGUAGGGGGCGCUCACCGAUCGUUCAUACGGAACUCACUCGUUCCGUUAUGCCUUAUAAACUCUCUCUCGAGCCCAACCAGCAGCCGCACAGUGGCGCAUGAUAUAUAGGCUCGGGUGUUCCACACUUCGGGCUUGGGUAUGGCUGGCUGACGACGGCUAAUAAGCCAGAAAUGGCCAUUCCAGUCUCCUUUGUCUUUGUCGGUAAUGCUAUUCUGCCUAUAUAUAUAUUUAUAUUCAUCAAAGGGGGUGGGGACAUAGAUAUGCACAAAUUAAUACAGGACUUGUUAGUGAGUUUCCUGUUUUCAUAUACAUAUAUAAGCACAUCUAUAUGAUAAUAGUUUAAACCGCACUCUUCAAAUAGGUACCAGCUAAAAAUCCAGACACGUGCUCAGCCGUUGCCUCUGCUGCUGAAUGACGCAACGGAGAGCAGUUCGGCUUCCCCGGCGUUACUUUCUCGUACAUGGAUCCAAUAUGAAUGCAAAGAUAAUGCUUCAAGAAAACAGCAAAUGCAGAACUUGGAAUUAUCUUCAAAAUAAGGCUUUUAAGGGUAAGCCCCAAAAUUGCAAUGGACAUUUGAGUGGAAUAGAAUCAAUUUCUGGUUAAUAACCGGGUAAUUCCUAUUCAACAGCUUUAAUAGUUUCUGAAAUUAAUAACCCGAUCUUUAUCUAGAGUUCAUAUGUCAAAAUCUAGCAUAUAGAACACUGGUGGACCCACUGUUAAGCUGAACCUCACAGUUGAUUCAUUCGGUAGCAAACACUUCAGUCAAGCACGUGUCUGGCCCUUUGCUGGUACAUUUUUUGGAGUACGGUAUGCAACGUCGUUGCAGAUUUAGCAUUAAUAGAUUUAGAAAGAGCAUUACGCGUUUACUCCAUGGCAGUUGUUUGUAUUCAAAUAAGUUCCCUUCACAAUAUCUUAACUGACCUCAAAAGUCAUAUUUCAGGAACUUACUUCCAAGUCUCGCACUGUGUAAUUCUGAAAUUCUUACCUUCGUAAUCUAGCGAAAAAAAACGCGGGGUCAUAAACCGCGCUUUAUUCAUACUUUUCCGUCAUCGGAAUAGUGCGGUUGCCGUUUCUUCUGUCCCAACUAAUGCAACUUUGCCACCAGCAUCGUACUGUAACCGUGCUUGACACACGAAUCCUGAUUUGUACGUCUGCUGAUGGGCUUUUACCUCUCUGCAGUCGAUCUCUGGUGGGCACUCAUGACCUUUUACUCUUUUCGACCGUCAUUACAUCAGCAAACAGGAAAGUAAGCAUAACCGUCUAUCAUAAGGCAUGGGGCAUAUUCUCCGCUUCAGAAGCAAUGAGCUCGUGGGUCGCAAAUGCAGUUAUGAAGGAGUCACAAUCGUUGGGACAAGAGCUUUAUCUGCCUGACGCUUCGGAUUCCUGCUCGAACCCAUCAUGGGACUCGUCCCUUCGCUUCUAUAGGCAAAUGCAUUUGUGUCAUGACUCUCCUUCAACACACUCAAAUGGACUGUAGCAAGGGCAAAGGGGGAAAGAGGAGGUGAAGUACCUGCAUACAUACCCUAUCUGAAGCUGACACUUAUCCAAAUUUCUUCAUAGGCAAGAGUCUCAGGAAGCCCCACACAUACACCGUCGAAAGUGGCCGCAAAUUGAGGUAGGUGGUGACAUCACAUAUACCCCGAAUCGCGUGCUCCCCGCCACCAAACGACUGAGUGAUUAAACUGCUCGCAGUUGCCAAACCAAACGCGUUGCGCUGCAUGAUAAACAUUGCCAUAGAUGAAGCCUAACGGAAGCUGAAAUUUCCAGCAGCCCUUAUUCUACUGUGCACCAUUCAAGGUGGUGUCUGUCCAGGUAGAGCUCACUUAAAUAUUUGGAAUCUGACAUGUAACUUUGCAGGCUUCAAGCAUCAGCAGAAGUACAAGACAGUAGCAGCUUUCAGACGAGAGUGCGCUGGGUACAUAUACGCCUUUGAUAGCAUCGCAUCAGGUAAAAAGAAUGACAAAGUGCACUAGCAUCUGGGUUGAGGAUUUCGUUUGUUAGAUGGGGAGCAAGAACAAAGAAGCCAUGUUACGCCAGCCGUUCCUGCGCAGACUCUGGAGUUGCUGUGAUCAUAAGCGAAUCAGAUCAUCGUAGGCAUGCAGAUUGUAUCGGGCUCUUUGCUCCGCCGACUUCAUGCUGUCGGGCUAUGCUUGUCUUUCAUUCCAGCAUCUCCGUCCCCCCUUGUUCAACUGAUCUGAGGAACCCCAGUCUAAUUAGCAACCCAAACACAAGUUCAUGGGAUAACUGCAUCUACUACGAGAAAAAUUGCUACAGAACAGGCCUGUAUUCGCCGUACUAAAUUGCAAAUUGGUGGUGGUCUUCUUUUGUUGUGUAAUAGACUGAUUUGUAUGCACUGUUGCUGGUUUUUCUAAAGAUAUUUUCUGUCGAGGGGUAUUUUUUACUAGUCAAAAUUUAGAGUGGGCAGUAUUUGUGGGCUGCACCCGAAAGACGUAUGUACUUUUGCCGUUUACAGAUUCCCAGUCAAAUAUGCUCCUACGUCAGAGAUAUGGGCGACGCAAGAGUCUCUGCAGAAACUUCACCGUGAGACUACCAAGCUCCAACUGUAUACGUCCAUGGUUUUACGCAUAUAGUAUAUAUUACUUCCAGUCUAUUUCAGGUUCACAGAGCUGAAGUGGUCACGCAACGAAUUAAUCUGCCUUCUAAAACAAUAUAAUCUCAGUCUCUGGGGUCACAGUGAGUAAGUAAACGGUAUCCGUUUUAGACCCACUGUCCUUUGGGGUGAGCAUCUAUUAUUAUCCGACUUUUAUUUCCGACCCAUCUGCCUCUCAAUUCCUCGCGCGUCCUCGGUAUCGGAAAAUUCAUUUGGACGAAAUCAUGGUCUCUUCCGAGGCGACCUUUAUUUCUCUCUAAGGCGCUUCAUAUUCCACGGAUAUAUGUAUGAGCAACCACGCAACAGUCGGAUGGUGGAAAUUCAAUGUCAUUUGACAGACAUGUCGGCACAAUGCUUUCAGAAUUGGCUAAGACAGACCGACCCUUUUCCUGUUCAUCUGGGAUAGAUUGGACAUGUAAUAAUAAAGGGGAGAUUCUUGGAGAAAGAGAGGGAUGUACUAGCAGUUUUCACAUUGAUGGCAACAUCCCCUGUCAAAAGAAAUUGGUAGUGGAAGUAGGAUCUUUGCAGCCGAGAUCGAAGGAUGGGAAGGCCUCAAUGACUUACGAGGACCGAAGAGAGAGCGGGAAGUGCGGUUUACCGGGGUUGGGAUGAAGGAUGGAAGAUCUGCGCGCUUCGCACAUGUUGUUAUUAAAAGAUGUGUAAGGGCUUAACGCUAAUAUGCUUCUAAUGGCUUCUUCAAUAUACUUCCCUAUAGGUUGUUGGUGUGCGCAUUUGGAACUUGAUAUCACUUGUCUUUUGCGUGAUUAUACCGGUCAUAUUAACCGUUAUGGAACGUUCCACCCCUUCGAAAAUGGAAGAAAUUGAAUUCCAGAGCCGACAUGAGCGACCGCUGCUAGGAGCUGAAAGAAAGAAGAAUCCGCUCAGGCGUUUCAGGCAAGCCUUUUCUCGUGUGCUUCUGUGA